AUGGAGUCUGCUAAUACACAUAAUUUUCCUUAUCUAAAGAGUCUCAACCAUCAUCGCACAAUAUUUGAACUCUACAACACCAUGCUUUCCUCUACCCCAGUAGUCCCCACCCUAUUGAAUACUCUACUUUUUAGUGUUUUGACAGAGGAAGUCGUUGAUAUUAACAUCUUUCGGUUCUUCAAAGGCUACAUGGAAGGUCGUAGCUACAGGAAUGGAUGGCCAGAAAUGCUAAAGCUAAAGGAUUGGCCUCCAUCAAACUCUUUUGAAGAGUGUUUGCCAAGGCAUGGUGCUGAGUUCAUAGCUAUGCUUCCUUUUAGUGACUAUACCCAUCCCAAAUCUGGUGUUUUAAAUCUUGCCACAAAGCUUCCUGCUAUUUUGAAGCCAGAUUUGGGUCCUAAGACAUACAUUGGUUAUGGCUCUUUGGAAGAACUAAGUAGAGGUGAUUCUGUGACAAAACUACAUUGUGACAUUUCAGAUGCGUUGAACCUGUUUUUCAAUUGGCAAUCUUCAUCAUUGAUUCUUCUGCAAGCUAACCUCACUACUCAUGACACUAAUCCUUCCUUUGAUGCUAUGCAUUUGAAAAAGGUCGUGGUGGAUGCUAUAGUACAUGCGGUGGUUCAGGACGUGGUCAAUAUUUUAACACAUACAGCUGAAGUAAAGACACCACCAUGGCAAACUAAAAUCAUAAAAAGGUUACAGAAGAAGUAUGAAGCCGACGAUAUGCAGGAGCUCUAUGGAAAAGACAGUAAGGCAAUUGGUUCACGUGGAAGAAAACAUCAUCAUAUAGGUAGUACCAGACAUCCAAAAUCCUCUGAAAAACGAGACACUUUUGGGAGAGACUCAACCUUACUGGGAAGUCGAGGAAAAGGAGUGAAACCUAUUGAACAACAAUGUGGACCCCUAAAUAUGGGACAGUCAGAAUCAGAUAUGGAGGCUUGUGUUCAAGGAUUUUCAGAAUCUGGCAAAAGUAAAUUAAGGUUAAAUGCUAGUGAGCCAGUAGUUUUCAAUUUGAAGUCAAGUCAUCAGGAUUUUGAUCUCCAUAGUCAUGAUUCCAGUUGCAUGUUUAUGGAGAAAGAUAGUAAGUUCAUGCACUAUAAAGUUAAUAAUGUCAAACAGUGUUCAUCGUCCAGUGAAGGAAUUUCUUUACCAGAACAUAUGCAGCUUAAGACAUGCACCGAUGAUGAUUGUGAAAAAGGAAGAAGCAUUUCUGCUAUGCAUCUAAUGGAAGAUAAGUUUUGCUCUAUCUAUGACCAAUCUGAUACGUGUUCUGUGUUUGUUGAUCUUAACCUUAGCACUCCACAAGUCAGGGUAAAUCAAGAACAUACGAGAAAUUAUAUUGAACAAUCCGAUUCAAAAAGCAGGUGCAUACAAUUUGAGAAUUUACCCUCCUACUCUGGGAGGAAUGUUUCUGAUUUACUCUUCACUCGAGCAGUUUUCACACAACUGAAUAGGAUUGACAAUGUUGUUUUGCAAGAUGAGACAGAUUUAGGUGGUGACUUAUCUCUUGAUGAAUCAUAUGGACAAGCUCCUGAUAAUGAUAUUGGAGGAUAUCCAAACACCAUUGAAGUACAGCCUUGCACUGUAACAGAAGAUAAUAAAUUUGUCAACGGAUUGAAUUCUUUAAACAUGCCAUGUUCAGACAUUAACAUUGACAGAAUUUCUGUUAAAAAUGGCACAAGCAAUGAUUUAUGUGAAAAUGAUGAUAAUUUGGAGACUCAAUAUGGGAGUGCAGUGUGGGACAUAUUCCGUAGGCAGGAUGUACCCAAGCUAACUGAGUACCUGAAGAAACACCACAGAGAAUUUCGCCACAUAAAUAAUCUUCCAGUGAUUCACCCCAUUCAUGAUCAGAUCCUUUAUUUAAAUGAGAAGCAUAAAAAGCAAUUAAAGCAGGAGUUUGGUGUUCAAGCUUGGACAUUUGAGCAACACCUCGGGGAGGCUGUUUUCAUACCUGCUGGAUGCCCACAUCAAGUGAGAAACAGAAAGUCUUGCAUAAAAGUGGCUCUGGACUUUGUUUCACCUGAGAAUGUUCAAGAAUGCAUUAAAUUGACAGAAGAAUUUCGGUUACUUCCCAAAGGCCAUAGAUCUAAGGAAGAUAAACUCGAGAUAAAGAAGAUGGCACUAUAUGCUGCUGAUGUUGCAAUAACUGAAGCCACUAAACUGAUGAGAGGAAAUGAGUAA